AUGAAGAUGCACUUCAGUAUCCCUCUUUCCGAAGAGUUGCUGGAGAAGUUUGGCGGCCGCUACGUGCUGUAUUCUGUGUACUUGGAAGGCUUCCUUUUCUGCAAGGUGCGUUACAGUCAAUUGCACCGUUGGAAUGAACAGUUACGGCGGGUUUUUGGCAAAGAUGUGCCAUCAUUUCCUCCAAAAUUCUACCUUGCAAUGACAAAGUCAAUGGCUGAUGAAAGGAGAGCUCAGCUAGAACAAUAUCUACAGAAUGUUUCAAUUGCACCAAGUAUUACAAACAGUGACAUCUUUAUUAGUUUCUUUAGGAAAUUACAACAGGAUACAUUUAAAAUCUCAACCCAGCAAGCCUUUCUGGAUGUUUACCUUGCUGAUGGAAGGUAUCUCAGAAUUGAUAUUCAGACCUCAGAUACUGCUGAAAGAGUGCUAGAGGUUGUAUCAUACAAGAUUGAGCUUUCAAGAGAACUAAUAGGAUAUUUCAGCUUAUUCCUUAUUCAGGAUCACAACAAUGGAGAACUGUCUGUAUUGAAAAAGCUGGCAGAAUUUGAACUUCCCUAUGUGAGUCUUCAGAGUAUGAAAGAAUUACCUUGCAAGAUUGGGAUCAGAAAAUGGUACAUGGAUCCUUCUCUUGAUAAAAUGCUUAUGGGUUGUAGAACUUCAGUGAAUUUACUUUAUAUGCAGGUGGUACAGGAAAUAGAGAAAAACUGGAUCAAGCUUACUGAUGAACGGAUGCAGAAACUUCAAAUGCUGCAAAAAGCACCAAACAAAAUGAAGUUUUUAGAGCUGGUUCGUGAAGUCCAACAUUAUGGAUAUAUACAGCUUGAUCCUUGUGCCUGCGACUACCCUGAAGUAGGCUGCACUGCUGCUAUUCACGUGGGAAAUAAUGAGAUUAGCUGCGGCAUAAAGUUGCCUAAUAGCCAGAUCCAGGAGGUCAGCUUCAAGAUCAACAGGGUGAGGUGCUGGCAGGUCACAUUUCUAGGAUCUGUUGCAGGCCACGGACUUGACCAGUUCUUGGAGCUCAGGUUUGAGUAUAAUGAUUCUGACACAUGGAGAUGGAUUGCUUUUAACACAAAGCAGGCAUUCCUCCUAAGCAGUUGCUUGAAAAAGAUAAUAUCAGAGCAGCUGAUGACAACAAGUAAAGGAGACCAAGAAAUGCAAAUUGAGCUUCUUGAACCAGAUAAGCCUAAGAAACCAAGCAUCCAUCCAAGUCAGAUAUUUCAUUCUGGUUUUAAGGCAAGAAAAAAGAUAUCAGCAAGUAAAUCAAAUGAGGAUGACUGUGUGUUUGAGAAAAUAAGUGAAGAAGAUUUGUGAUCAGCACUUCAGCUGCUGCUUUUGGGGAUGUUAAAAUAAGAAACAGAAAACAGUAAUUACAUUUGUCCUCUGCUUUAAUAACAAUCUUAAUUCUCUAACUCCUUAAUGUAUAAAACAUCAGUCAGCCACUACUGGGAGCCCUAAUUUACUACAACUGGAAGGAGUUCUGUAAAUAUUGUGCACAUAGACUUGGUUUUAUUUAUUUUUAAGUAUAGGAACUUAAAAAUGGAAAACACAUCACUUGUCUUGGAUCGACAUACAGACUUUUUGUCUACUGAAAUUGCUGGAGGAAAUGUGGCUUUAAAGGGCCAUUGUCUGCUUCACUGCUUUUCUGUUCCAUGGAACAUACAUUCCCAGCCACAUUACACACUGCCCUCAAUCUUGGUGAAGUCUUCCUAUGCAUAGAGUACAAAGUUUACUCAUGAACCUACAUUUCAGUCAGAACUGAACUCAGACAGAAGGAUUUAUUUGUAGGACUUUUUCCACUGUUCUGUAGUUCCUUGUAGAAUCUGUUAAAUGUAGAUUUUCAUUCCACAUGUGUUUGAUCAUUUUCCCCUUCUUUCCCCAGUCUUGCACUUGCUACUGGAAUAGAUUACCCUCAGGAC